CUUUCUCUUUCUAAAAUUUGAAUAUAUGGGUCCUGUACUUAAGACCUACCUUAUAUACACAUACAUGUCUAUACAUCUACAUUUUUAGGUUAAAUUGCAUUUCGUGAUUUUGUGAUUUCGCUUCUGCUGUCGGAGAUCUGCAAUUGUUGUCAAAGUCAAACCUUUGAAACCCUAGUUUAUGGAAAUGCUUUCCGUUUUGAAAUUUCAUUAUUGUAGAUCUGGUAAUAGGUUUGUGGUUGGGUGCCGGAGGAAAUGCUGGAUGUGUCGCAGAGACUUGAAUAUCGGAAAUUUCCGUUUUUUUGUUAAUGGUUUUCAUGGACGACGAUGCACUCAACAUGCGCAAUUGGGGUUAUUAUGAACCGACCUUUAAAGGGCAUUUGGGUCUGCAGCUCAUGUCGAGCAUGGCAGAUCGUGACACAAAGCAUUUCCUACCUGGGCGUGAUCCUAACAACAUAAUGGUUGGUGCCAGCGCAGCGUUUCAUCCACGCGAUUGCGUGGUUUCAGAUGCUCCUGUCCCUAUGAACUAUGUAAGAGACAGUUGGAUGAGCAGGGUGAACAUGUUACCUCCAAAUCCUAAUUAUGCUGUUCUUCCUGAAACUUCUAGUGCUCACUCCUUGCAAGUUCUACAGCCACCCAAUUCAUCAAGGGAUGAGAGGGUGGCCAGGAUUGAGGAGCCAAAUGUAAACAAGGAAGGUAGCCAGUUGAAGAAAAGACAAGGUGGGGGUGCCCCCAAAACACCUAAAGCUAAGAAACCUCGUAAGCCGAAAGAUAAUAGUAAUAAUGCAGUUCAGCGUGUGAAGCCAGCUAAGAAAAGUAUGGAUGUUGUGAUAAAUGGGAUUGAUAUGGACAUUUCAGGUAUUCCGAUUCCAGUUUGUUCAUGUACUGGAACUCCUCAGCAGUGUUAUCGGUGGGGUUGUGGUGGAUGGCAGUCUGCUUGUUGCACCACCAAUGUAUCAAUGUAUCCCUUGCCAAUGAGCACUAAAAGACGUGGUGCUAGGAUAGCUGGAAGGAAAAUGAGCCAGGGGGCAUUUAAGAAGGUAUUGGAGAAACUUGCUGCUGAAGGCUAUAACUUUGCUAACCCUAUUGAUUUGAGGACUCACUGGGCUAAACAUGGUACCAACAAGUUUGUCACUAUCAGGUAGAUUUAUGUUGGUACAGAUGGGGGGACUCCCAUUGCAUUUGGUCUGCUUCUAUUGUAUAUAUCUGUGGCUUUUCGCAGAGAUCUAUCUGGUUCGUUGUAGUUCAUGAAUCUUCACAGAUAUGAUACAUGUUUUUGAAAUUCAGACAUCAGCUCUUUUUUCAGAAUCUUUUUUAAUUUUUAAGAUCUGUUUGUGUUAUAAAGGCAACUAGUAACUUCUCGCCACCAGGAUGUAGGAUGUGGAUGAAAUUAAAUUUUUUGUUGGAUUUUGGAUAACAUCUUUCUCAGCCUUAGAAUGAAUCUCAUCAAAGAUUGAAAUUGAUUGUUCCUUUCGCCAUGAA